UAGUCUAUCGCUAAAGCUCACAGCAGUAACAUUACAAUUGUUGGUGAAAAUGAAAAAUAAACACUGUGCAGCAUUCUUCUAUUUCUUAAUUGGAAAUAUUUGUAUCUUAGUCGCUGGACAAUGCCAAGUUACGUUGAAACAAAAAUUUGGCCAAGUGCAAGGAAAUGGAUUAACAAGUGUUACCCAGAGUGGAAAUUUAUAUUGUUCUUUUCUCGGUAUCCCAUAUGCUCUACCCCCAAUUGGAAAACUACGUUUUGAACCACCUCAGCCCAUGGAUUUAUCUACCACUUCAAAUUUUUGGUAUUUCACGAGACAAAGUCCAAUUUGCAUUCAAAAUCCGAUAUUUACGGAUUUAACUAAUGGACAGGAAGAUUGCCUAUACCUGAAUGUUUAUACGAAAUCUACAAAACCAGAAAAACUAAAACCAGUAAUUGUGGUUAUAAUUGGCACUUGGUUUCAUUCUGGAUCUCCUUACGAUAAUGGUGUUAAUCGUCCAGACUACUUAGUUGAUGAAGAUGUUGUUGUAGUAACAUUUAACUAUCGCCUAGGUAUUCUAGGCUUCCUCUAUCACGAAGAUGCGGGUAUUGCUGGAAAUAAUGGUUUACGUGACCAACAGGAAGUGUUCAAGUGGGUGCAGAAAAAUAUAGUUGCAUUUGGAGGAGAUCCAAAGAGAGUAACUUUGAUGGGUUGGAGUGCAGGAAGUGCAUCAAUUUCAUAUCAUUUACAAGCCCCUUCUUCUUGUGGACUAUUCCAUGGGGCUAUAAUGUCUAGUGGAACAAACUUAAAUCCAUGGGCAUAUCAACGAAACACCAAACAGUGUAUUAGAGCCUUAUGCAAAACCUUAAACAUUCCUUGCAAUCGUGGUGGAUUUAAAAAUAUUCUCAAACAAAUACCAGCUAAUAUCUUCGCAACUGAGGGUUUUAAUUACAAUACAACUAUAUCUUGGUUCGGUGAACUAUUUCCAUGUUUUGUACCAACAUCUGAAGAAAACGAUGCAACAUGGGGAAGAGCAAUAGUCCGAGAUGAACAACCUAGGCUUAUAGCUCAACCACUUUUAAGUGAUGUUCCUCUUAUAAUUGGACAUAUGGUUGCGGAACAGUGGGAAUACUACAAUGUGAGCAUGGAUACUCUAACUGAGAAAUGGAACUACUCCUAUCCCAACACUAGAACUCACAUUAUCAGUCCAAUUAGACAAUACCUCAUUUCGGGAACAAAAGAACUAGCCAAUCCUAGUAAACAAAUUUUGGUUCAUGCCUCCAUUACGCAUGGAGUGAAACAAUUUGCAGACUACCACAGUAUCAAAGCUACCUCUAAAACCUACUUCUAUAGAUUUUCUCACAAAAACAGUUCCAAUGAUAUUGGAUCUUUUCAUGGUGAUGGACUUCAGUAUAUUUUCGUGCAGAAUAACCCAAAUAAUUUGUGGACUUAUGAAGAUUAUAACGUCAGGGAUAGAAUAAUUCGAUAUAUUACGAAUUUUGCCAAAUUCGGAGAUCCAACACCAAUAUUAGAUUCCCUUAUCACAACACCAUGGCAUCCAUACUACGAUAAUGGACUCCGUAUGGAAAUUUCGCAUGAUUCAAAAAUGGUGGAAGAUAUCAAAGAAGAUGCAUAUUAUCGUUGGGAAGCAAUAUCUCAAUGUUUAGAAUUUAAUAUUUGCAGAAAAUUCUUCAAAUUGAAAUCAGAGUGGUACUGAGUGAGGAUUAAAAAAAGUUCUGUAUAGUUCUGAAAACAAUUUAUAUAUUUUUCAUAAAAUAAAGAUUAUGUUCGUGUAAUGAGGACUAAGAGAAAGAUGGUUUAGGAAACAAUGUUGAAAAAACUCUUUAAGGAAUGAGCUUUAAUAUUGCACGCAAAUAUAUAUUCCUAAUGCAUAAUUGUUAAAAUAAAAAUCGAGUAAAACCGAAUUUACACUUCCCCUGUAGAGCAAGUUUCCUUCCGGUAAUAGGGUCGAAGGAGCACCUAUUUGACAGGGAACCCCUAUUGACACUUUUGUCAAAAUUUUGAAAUUUAUUUAAAGUAGGGGAAAGUACUUUCCCAUCGAACGUUCAUGCCUUCGAAUAAUGUGAAUUUUAUUUUAUUUUUUGUAAGAGACUGACAAAUUUCUAUUAAAUAUUAGUUAGCUUAUGAUACAUUACUGAUAAUUAUGUGUAAGUCUCUCGGAAUAAAUAAAAGAAAUUCACAUUAUUCGAAGGCAUGAACGAUCGAAGGGAGAGUACUUUCCCCUAUCUAAUAAAAUGUAAAUAACAUAACAUUUCUUUCAUAUUCUACGUUUUCUGAUAAGGAUAGGUGUUCAAAUUUCGUAGUCCAAAUGGUACAGAAUAGGGUUUCAAUAGGUCUUAACAGGACUUUUUAAAGUGUUAAUAGGUGUACCUUUCACCCUAUCACAACUUAUUUAAUAAAUUGAGGAAAGAUGAUAUUUGACUCAUCUCUCAUAAGAGAUAGUGUAAAAAAACCAAAAGUUCAGUUGUAAUGAGUAGGAAAGGGUGAGGUAGUUUUAAGCAGCUGAAGUCGGAAGAGAUCCUCCGCCCUGGAGCGGUAACACAAUAUCUGGGACUUUCAACUCAAUUAAUCGAAAACUCAACUUUUCUUCAGAGAUUUCAAUAUUCUCACUGUCCUCCUGAGUGAUCGAGAGAUGUAAUUUAUCAUUGGGUUUUGUUGAGUUUUCAAUUUUAAAACUUUGACGAGAGGACCCCAGAAUUCUAAUAUUUCCCACACAAUCUGAAGAGUGUUUAGUACUGCGUCUGCCGAGAUCUAUGAGAAUUUUCAAAAUCUGCUAAAUAUAUAAAAUUCCCUAUAUCGAAACCCAGUGAUCCCAGUGAUAUUUGACAUUCCUUUGAUACUGCUUCAAAGAUACUAAGAAGCAUUAAAAUUGAUCCCCUCGAAAAAAAAUUUUAAGCCGCUAUCUCUUUUAUCUUGGAAGAUAUUGAAUUUUCGAAUUUUCAAUUUGUGACUUUUUGCCCCAGUCUCCCCUAUAUAAUAUUUUUCAUUAAAAUUCUUAGUCAUUGGUAUCGUAAGAAAAAUUACUUAUAUUUUUGAGCUAUUUUUGUCCCUAUCGUUCAUAGAAACAAAAAAUACACUAAAUCAGACUCUGUUGGCUUUUAGAAGGUUAGAUGUAAGACAUUUCACAAGUUUUGUUUAUCGGUUUAUUUUUUAUUGCUGAUUUUCGGUCAGCGAAAACUUUCUCGUCGUUAAAAGGUUAAAAUCAUAAAAUUUUGGGAUAAUAUAGGGUAAGACGGAAUAAUUUGAAAUCAUGUCUAAUUUGGAACUGUGAGAUUUCCUAACACUUUUAGAUGGGAAAAAAACAACGAAGAAGUACUCUCGAAUGUAAAAUUUUGUACUUCGUUGUUUUCUUUUUCUCCUUAAUCAUCCGAAAUAGUGACAUAACAUCAAAAUUCCAAAAUGAUUCCAAAUAAGGGUAAGUGUGCCAAAUUCCGGCCUGCUUGCAAUUCCGGCCACCUUUUGUGUUCCUCAAAUUUCCACAAAUUUUUAGUUUUUACAUACUCUAGAAAUUAUACAAUGUAAAAGAAUAAGAAAAAAUAUCGCUUCGACGAGCAAGACGAUCUGAAAAAGAUAUUCGAAGAGUUCCGGAAGAGCAAGGAACUAUGAGAAUGAAGGUGGCCGAAAUAGGCCACCAAAGCUAUGUCUAGAUUUUUAUUCAUUUUAAAUGUAUUAAGAAUGAUUUUAGAGAAAUUAAAGACGGUAAACUGUCUACAAGGUUCCAAGCAACACUCCUUAAGAAGAAGGAAUAAAAAAAUCAAUUUGUAUUAAAAAUAUUACAUUUCAAACUUGAGACUUUGACGCUUGCAUUCAACUAUGCCGAAAUUUGGCACACUUACUCUAACCCAUCUUACCCUAUAAUUAUCCCAAACUUUUAUGUUUUUAAGUCAUGCAUAUCUGAUAUCCAUAUUGGAUUUUUAUUGGUGUUUGGAUAUUCUUAUAGUACUCAUUCACCGCCGGUUUUUAAUGGUAACCAACUAUAAUCAGUAACCUUUGUGAGAUAUUAGGAAAAAUGUGAAACGUUUGGGACUGGGGUUAAACCACGCACCCAGUCUGAAAUUCACGUAGCGUCUAACAAUCAUCUUUCUCUGAGUAUAUUUUCAUUUUAAAUUUUCAUAAGUAAAGCAAAUUUUUAUGAAUAUUUUUUAAAAAAAACUGAGGCAUUAUUGAACAGGGAUAGCUUCGAACAAUGCGUUUUUAAAUUAAAUCUUAGACUUUAGAAAACGAGACUUAAUAUUGUAUGAAUUCUUAAAUACUCUGUGGAUGUGAAUGCUUGUCUCCUCAAGAACCAAUAAUUUAAAAAUAAAAAUAAGUUUUCUUGAAAUUACGAGAUUUCGAUCAUUCAGAUUUUAGAUUUUUAUAUGAAAAUGAAAAAUUAAAUAAAUUAAUCAAAAUGUGACUACA